CAGCGUCGCCCCUUCCUGCCUCCCGCCCUCGUGGGCUGCCGGCCCCGCCGCUGCCUGCUCGGGGGACGCCCGCGUGGGCGGCGGGGGCCGGGGUCCCAGCCCGCCCCGAGGGGGAGCGGCCCCGCGGGCCGAGCAAAGUGGCCCCGCGGCGGGGGCCCGGCGGGGGCAGCGCGGGCCCGGCUCUCCUCUGCCUCCUCCUCCGCGCGCGGGGGGAUGCCAUGCCCCGCCACCCCGGCGGCGGCGAGGAGGGCGGCUCGGCGGGGCUGUGGGCCAAGAGCGGCGCGGCCGGCGGCGGCGGCAUGAAGGAUGUGGAGUCCGGGCGCGGCAGGGGGCUGCUGACCUCGGCCGCCCGCGGGGACGGCUUGCUCCUGCUGGGCACCGGCCGCCCCGUCGGCGGCGGCGGCUUGCGGGAGCCCCGGCGCGGGAAGCCCGGCGCCCGCAUGAGCCUGCUGGGGAAGCCGCUGGCGUACAGCAGCAGCCAGAGCUGCCGGAGGAACGCCAAGUACCGGCGCCUGCAGAACUACCUGUACAACGUGCUGGAGAGACCCCGCGGCUGGGCCUUCGUCUACCACGCCUUCGUUUUUCUCCUUGUAUUUGGUUGCUUGAUUUUGUCAGUGUUUUCUACCAUCCCUGAGCACACAAAACUUGCAUCUCGUUGCCUCUUCAUUCUGGAGUUUGUCAUGAUUGUUGUCUUUGGUUUGGAGUUUAUCAUUCGUAUCUGGUCUGCUGGCUGCUGUUGUCGAUACCGGGGAUGGCAAGGAAGGUUAAGAUUUGCAAGGAAACCUUUCUGUGUAAUCGACAUCAUUGUUCUCAUCGCUUCAAUAGCAGUUGUUUCUGCAAAAACUCAGGGUAACAUUUUUGCAACAUCAGCACUGAGAAGUCUUCGUUUCCUACAGAUCCUCCGUAUGGUGCGCAUGGACCGAAGAGGAGGGACUUGGAAAUUGUUAGGUUCAGUAGUGUAUGCACAUAGCAAGGAACUAAUCACAGCCUGGUACAUAGGAUUUUUAGUACUCAUCUUCUCAUCUUUUCUUGUUUACCUGGUGGAAAAAGAUGCAAAUAACCAGUUUUCUACUUAUGCAGAUGCUCUUUGGUGGGGCACAAUCACAUUGACAACAAUUGGUUAUGGAGACAAAACUCCUCUUACUUGGCUUGGAAGGCUGCUUUCUGCAGGGUUUGCUCUACUAGGCAUUUCAUUCUUUGCACUACCUGCUGGCAUUCUUGGCUCAGGGUUUGCAUUAAAAGUACAGGAACAGCAUCGUCAGAAGCAUUUUGAGAAAAGAAGGAAUCCAGCUGCCAGUUUAAUUCAGUGUGUAUGGCGUAGUUAUGCGGCUGAUGAGAAAUCGGUUUCCAUUGCUACCUGGAAGCCUCAUUUGAAGGCCUUGCAUACCUGCAGCCCUACAAAGAAAGAACAAGGAGAAGCUUCAAGCAGCCAAAAGUUAAGUUUUAAAGAGCGGGUACGGAUGGCCAGCCCAAGAGGACAGAGUAUUAAGAACAGGCAAGCUUCUGUUGGAGAUCGGCGGUCCCCAAGUACUGACAUUACUGCAGAGGGCAGUCCAACCAAAGUGCAAAAGAGCUGGAGCUUCAAUGACCGAACACGUUUCCGACCUUCACUGCGUCUGAAGAGUUCUCAGCCCAAACCAGUGUUAGAUGCUGAUACCACUCUUGGAACAGAUGAUAUUUAUGAUGAGAGAGGAUGUCAAUGUGACGUAUCAGUAGAAGAUCUCACCCCAGCACUUAAAACUGUCAUUAGAGCUAUCAGAAUCAUGAAAUUUCAUGUUGCAAAGAGAAAAUUUAAAGAGACAUUACGUCCAUAUGAUGUAAAAGAUGUCAUUGAACAGUAUUCAGCUGGUCACCUGGAUAUGUUGUGCAGAAUUAAAAGUCUUCAGUCACGUGUUGACCAAAUUCUUGGAAAAGGACAAAUCACAACAGAUAAGAAAAGUCGAGAAAAGAAUACUGUGGAGAAUGAGACAACUGAUGACCUUAGUAUGUUAGGGCGUGUUGUCAAGGUGGAGAAACAGGUACAAUCCAUAGAGUCAAAACUAGACAGUCUAUUAGAUAUCUAUCAACAGGUUCUAAGGAAAGGAUCUGCAUCAGCGCUCACUUUGGCUUCAUUUCAAAUGCCAGCUUUUGAAUGUGAGCAGACCUCUGAUUAUCAAAGUCCUGUGGACAGCAAGGAUUUAUCUAAUUCUUCACGAAUUAGUGGAUGUGUAUCCAGAUCAGCUAGUGCCAACAUGCCACGUGGCCUACAACUUAUACUGACACCAAAUGAAUUUAGCACUCAGGCUUACUAUGCUUUUAGUCCAGCUAUGCAUAGUCAAGCAACGCAAGUGCCAAAUGAUGGACCUGCAGCAGUAAUAGCUAAUAAUAUAUCAAACCAAAUAAAUCAGGCCAGUAAGCCAACAACUCCAACCACCUUACAAAUACCACCUUUUUCAUCAGUCAAGCAUAUCAGCAGGCCUGAACCUAUUCAUAUUAUCCCUGUGACCACACAGGAAAAUAUUUCUGAUGUCACCGCUUGCCUUGUUGCAUCAAAGGAUAAUGGACAAGUUGCACAGCCCAGUGUGACAAAGAAUCUUUCAUGGAGAAAAAGCCUUGAUACCGAAGGAGAACCUUUGGGCUCUGUUAAAACAGUGCACAUGGAUUUAGGAAAAUCAUUAUCUGUACAAAACCUUAUACAGUCAACAGAAGAACUGAAUGUACAGAUUGCUGGUAGUGACCCCAGUGGUUCAAGAGGUAGCCAAGAAGUGUACUCCAAAUGGAGAGAGUCUAAAUUAUUUAUAACAGAUGAAGAGUUGGAAGUAGAGGCAGAAACAGAGACUACUGAAGCCAUCUCUCACCCCUUAGUGGAAACAGCUCUCUCCUCUGACUCUCUAAGGACUGGAAUAUCAAGAUCAUCUCAAAGCAUUUUCAAGCCAGGGGAUGGUACAGAUUCACUCAGCCUGCCUCAUGUCAAACUUAAAUAGCAACUUAUGGGUUUUCUUCACUGGCUGAGUAAUUCCUUUAGUCAUACAUAUCAUAGCAUGAACUAUUUUGGAAGCCUUUUUUAAUAUGAUAAACUUGCAAGAAUCAGGAAGAAUCUGAAAGGCAGUUGUAUGAGCCCAUAUCUUCUAGCUGCAUGAAAAUGCAUGUUUAAAUGAUGGCUAAAAUUUGAAUUUAUACCUACAGUACAUCAACACUUUCAUGUAGUACAGUAGGUUUAAAUAAUGAGUAAUCUACAAAGCUAAUGCUGCAGGAUUUAUCAAAAAGCAAAGAUCUGAGCAUUUAGAAAUAGUGCUGUUUCUACAGUGCAGAAGUAAAAAAAACAAAACCAUAAGACUUAAAGCACUUUGCUUCUGGAUUAAAAAUAUGUAUGUCCUGAAUUAGAUAAUAGUUUAUGUUUACAACAAGAAUAUUAUCUACAGCUGCUAGCAAGGUACCAAGGAAACCAGUAAUAUGGGAUUAGAAAUGGCUGCUAGUUGCAAGAUAUACACAUUAACUCAUCAUUAAUCAGUUAUUUUAAUGCUCUGAGACAUAGAAUGUUAAUUUCUGUAUAUUUUUUGGUGAUUUAGUGUUGUGGCAAAAGUAAUUUGCACACCACUUUCAAGUUGUUCUUUAUAAGAAGAACAUUCUUUUGCUAUGAAAUGUAUAAAUUCUAAGGAUCAGGGCCAGCCUUAAAGGUGGAUAAUCUAGGCAAUUGUAUAAAAAAUUCAGGGGCAGCUUUCCUUACUCCAGUCUUACUAAUGUGCCAGCCAGUGGAUGUGAAGCAUUUUGACAAUAGUCGUAUCUACAGGAGAGGACUAGGUACUGCUGUUAUCAUAGAAGCAAUACCUCCUUCUGCCCUGAAAGUGGCACAAGUACUCACAGUUGCAACCUGAUGCUGCUUAAUAGUACUUCAGAAGUCUGGGAAUGACAAGAAAGUGACAACAUAUGGGGAAUUGAAAGCAGGGGGGCGGGAAAGCCGGUAAGGGAGAAGGAAAAGAGCAAGCGAGACAGACAGACAGACUACACUGAAGGUGAGGAGAAAGGGAGAGAGAGAGAGACAAUAAGAAGGGAAAGAAAAUAUGGAUUUAAAUGGAGGGAAGGAAAAUAAAUAAUGAAGGGAGGUAUAGACAGAGGAAAAAGAUUUUUGAAUUCCAGUCUGUCAGUCACAGACAGCUAAUGCUUCUUCCCCAAAAAACCCAUGCCAGGAAUUAGGAAAUGAGAUUGAAUUGACUAAAUUAGCUAGAGUGGGAGUAAGAGACAAAGAAACAUUGGAUCCAUUUUUAUAAAUGUUCCAGAAAGGACACUCAGACUCCUCCCCCAUACUGUCUCCCACCCAGUUUUUAGAUUCAAAACCCACAGCAAAUUUGCAUUCUCCCUGGACAUCUCUUCCUUUCAUGUCCUUCCUAUAUUUUGCUUCUGCUGAGAUUCAGCAGCAGUACUAGUGCCUAUAUGUCCUUACUGGGGCUUUGCCACUGGAACCCUUUGGUAGCCUAAGAACUGCCCCAUGAAAAAAGUUUUUUGUUUGUUGCCCCCUGCCUCUAUUAUAAGCUACAUGCACAGUGGACUCUUGGGUAGUCUGGCCUGGGCUGAAUUCCCUCUAGCAGCAGGAGCUCCAAAUGCACAGGGAUGCCAGUUCCAGCUCUCUCAGGGCACUGUUUGUUCAAGGCCCAAACAGGCUGAGGAUUUAUUAUAUAUCAAAAAUGUCACUAUAGUCUUAACCAUGGCUAAAUGCUACAGAUUGUAUUGUGAAGGACUUGAACUGUUUACUAUGAAUCCAUUGUAAUUUCUGCCUCCAUAUUUCCUUUACAGAAAUAUUCCUGGAUGUUACAUGAUAACCUUAUUAUGUGAAAUACAUGCAAACUUUAGAGUGUAUAUAUUGUGUUAUUGCUAGGGGUUCUAUGGAUGAUAAGCUGUGUUCUAGGAUUUAGGCUGGAACAAAGCUCAGCUGGUAAUUACUGAAAGACAUAUUGAAGCACAAUUAGCUAUCACUGAUUUGCCAUAUAAUUUAUCGCCUUUGACCUUUAUUACCUUCUUCAAUGUGCUGUCUGAUCAUAGUAAAGCUUGAUUGCUAAGAUAUUUUUGUGAGGAUAAAUAGUUUUUUCCACAUCUCAGUUCAUUUAAAUAUUAAUUGAAUUGAAUGUCUGCAGUUUGUCUGGCCAAAUCUGUAAAUUUAAAGUAUAGUAUGGUAUCUAAAAACUAAAUGGUUUUUAGGAUUUUUCUUUUAUCUAAUGUUUUAUGGUGCCUUUUUGCCUUUUAAAUGAAAUCUCACAAUGUUCUAGAUAUAAGGCUGCAUUUAGGUCCAACAUAGGGGCAAGAGCUUGGGCACAGGCAACUAAUAAAUGUGUCAGUAAUUAGCUUGACCUCCCUUUUUCAUUAAAUCAUCAUAAACUGGGCCCUAUCUUGCAACUGCACCUGCAAGAGCAGACCCUGACAUCUACUGCCUGAAGAUGAUGAAAUGUCAUAGGUGUACAGACUCAGCCUGCAAGUGCAGUUGCAGAUUCAGAGCCUCCAAUUUAUCAGUUUUUACUGAUAAUUUUUCUCCCAGAAUGUAUCUUUGCCUUAAAUGCUUGAGUCCUUCUAAUUUUAAGUUAAUUUAUUUAAUACAAUUUUGUGCGCAUAAAUGAAUUCUAUAAAUUAUAUAUGAAAAUGUAAAUGUCUUUACAGAGUACAAAUAAAUCAGCAAGACCUUAUCAUUUUACGUUACAGUUGAAAGUCCCUUUUUUCUUUUAUUCUCACCAUUACAUUUUUAAGCAAUUUCUAAUCGUAUAGUAAAUUUAUGAACAUUAUUGAUAGAAAAUUGAGACAAUAAUGAACAAACUUGUGGUGGUCUGGAGGGACUUGUUUGUUUUGAUUUUACAUUUCCUCAUCAGGAGUUUCCUGUGUCCAAAGUAUACCUUUAAUUACAACAAUAGGAACUACAUUGCUUCCGUGGAAUUCUAUAAUUUAUUGAUUUCUGUGGGGACCAGGUUUGGCCUUAAAAGUCUUGUCCUGAGCUACUUACUGGUACAAAUUCAAAAUUCAUUGUAGGUAAUAGGAAUUUUUCAUGAGUAGUCAGUAAUGAACGAAUUCUGCCUUGAUGUACAAUCUGUUGGAAGACUGCACGGGACAGAAUUUGGCCCUAAGUAAGAGCUUCGGGAUUUGGCUUUACACAAAGAACUGUUUUCUGAUUAGUAUGUUUGUUGUACCUGACUGAAGAGAGAACCGAAGAGAAUAGUUUUUGAUGAUGAAUAUACAUUUAAAAAUUUGUAUUUGCUCCUGGCUCGUAUGAUCUAUAGUUUUUAUUUAAAUAUGAAUAUAGUGUUUUAGCCUAGAGUUCAAGAUUGCAAAGAUCAUACACUUUUAUUCACAAUGCCCACAUUUAUAUAACGUAUGUUUUAAAGAUAAUCCUAUUUAAAGUGACAGCUGUCAUUACAGUAUGGUGAUAGGCAAUCUACCCAUACACCUUCUGUGAUAAGUCAAGUCAUACUGAAUUAUUGAUGUAUUGUAGGACAUCUACUAUACAAUACUAUUUAUGGGUCUGGACCUGCAGCCUCUACUCAAGCAAAAAUCCCAUUGACUUCUACAAGAGUUUUGCUUGAGAUAGGAAUCCAGAUUCAAACCUUCAUUUUGUUGGGCAUCUGUUUAAAGUGAAAAUGAUAAUAUUCCAGUUAUUUCCUGAGGAAACUAAUGCUUAGCUGAAUUAACCCAUAUGUCACAUUGACUAUAUAAAAAGUAACGCACAACGUACUAAGAUACAAAGGGAUGAAAAGAAGGGAAUCUUUUUAAAAAGCACAGAGAAAAGUAGAAUAAUCAGAAAAGAGAAUUUAGCAGGGAAAGAAAAUGCAAGAGCAAAGGAAUGAAAAAAGUGAUUAAAUGUCUGGGGCCAAAUUCAGUCCUUGUGUGGUUUCACUGACUUCAAUGGAGUGACAGCCCAACUGAGCUAAAGUCAGCCCUUUUCAGAGUAAAUCAGGCUCAGCUCCAUCCACCUCAGUGGAAUUACAUCCAUCCAGGAGUGAACUUGUCCCACUGGACCAAAUUUUUUCCUGGUUCAUACCUUGUGUAAUCCCAUUGGGUUCAUUGGCGUUGAAUGAGAGAUAAAUCAGGAAAGAAUUUGGCCCAGCUAUUUCUGCUUCACAUUUUAAGUGUGUUAAUUGAUUUAAUUAAAAUGGAUUGCAACAUCACACAAGUUGUUAUCAUUGUCUAAAAAGAUUCAUCUGUUUUUAAAAUCUGAAUCAAAUCCAGCAGUGUCAAAGGAAGUGCAUGAGAUCUUUCCCAUUCAUUUAUUCAGAAUAACAUGGGACACUUCCAUAGAUACCAAGCAUUGAAAGUGUUCUGAGACACUUCUAUUGGCCAAUGUCUUAUGAGGCAGUAUUAAAAUAUUGGUUUUGUAAUGGUUAUGAAAAGUAUAAAGGACACUUCCACUGACGCUGCAAUGGCUUUAGCCAUUACAUUAUAAUGUUAAUUGUAACUUCAUGACAAAGUUGAAUCCAUAUUGUUGUUAAUAAAAAUGGUUUGGUUUAAAAAGUAA